AUGGCAUUUUCAGUGCCAAUCCAGGACAGUGCUCCUCACAUCUAUAUUUCCGCAAUUCCUUUUACUCCUAAAAACUCGGAACUACACCACGAGGGCCGAACGAAAUAUGCGGGUGCGCUCGCUGUUACCCAGGGGCUUGAAGAGGUGUACGCUGGGUUACCCAGAACACUUCGAGGUCACCAAUUGGCAUUCAACGCCGUUGCGAUCUCUCCGGAUGGUUCCUGCAUUGUUUCUGGAUCGUCCGACUGGACGAUUCGGAUUUGGGACGCAGACACUGGUCAGCCACUGGGAGAGCCAUUAAGAGGUCACGCAUUACAGCUACUGACUGUAGCGAUCUCGCCGGAGGGCCCGAAAAUUGUCUCUGACUCGAGGGAUAUGACCAUUCGACUGUGGGAUGUAGGUACUGGACAGCAGCUGGGAGAAACACUCCAAGGUCACACCCACUCGAUUUUCUCUGGUUCAAACGACGCUACAAUUCGGGUGUGGGAUGUUGACACCGGUCGACCGUUGGGAACACCGUUCCUGGGUCAUAAAGGCCCGGUCUUCUCCGUUGACAUCUCGCCGGAUGGAUCCCGAAUUGUCUCCGGCUCAUUCGAUACAACGGUCCGACUGUGGGAUGUAGAAACUCGCCAGCCAGUGGGUGAGCCACUUCAUGGUCACUGGGACAGGGUCAUGGCCGUCACAUUCUCUUCAGACGGCUCAAGAAUUGCUUCUUGCUCAAGCGACAAGACUAUUAGACUGUGGGAUGUAGCGACUGGUCAACCGUUGGGAGAACCACUCAGAGGCCAUAGCGGUCAGGUAAACGCUGUCUCUUUCUCACCAAAUGGUUCACGAAUUGUCUCUGCCUCGAGCGACAGGACGAUUUGGCUGUGGGAUGCAGAGAAGGAUAUAAAUACCAAUGUAUCUACCCAAAAGGAUGGAGAACUCGUACAUUUGGAACUUGUGGACAGUGAGCAGGGCAUUCCUCUGGAGAUUUCUGUACCUGGGUUCAAAAUUUGCUCCCUUUUGCACAAUGGAUGGGUUCCAUCUUCUCGAAACUUUCUUUUCUGGGUACCCCCAGCCAACCGUCAUGGCCUGCGAUAUCCGCAUCUUCUAACUAUACCGACCAAGAAUUACUCCCAGACGACAUUUGCCUAUCCCAGCGCGACAUUAGCCAUAUAUACCGGAACAACUAGCUUCGUCGAUCCAUUAACCACAGUCAUACAACCCGUCAUUAUCCUCGCCAUCUUCGUCAAGGCGAUCACGACAGGUUCGCGCCCUACUACAUUCACCAGGAGCGUCGCGACCUUCCAGCCCAUUACGCUCACAGGCGGUGACAUUGUGUACUUCACCACGACAUCUUCGGCCAUUCAAGCAUUCCCAACCUCGUCGAGCGACCUGGAACCCGUUACUUCUACGUCAACUUACUACGUACCAUUCACGUCGGAGACUACCAGGUUCUUCUGUCAACAGAUCGUCUCUUGA